GGCCCAUUUCCUCCUCGGGAGUCGGGACGGGAGACAAAGCGGCGGCGACGGCGGCGCUCGGCGUAGGGGCCUUUGGGAUCCUCCUCCUCUUUCUCCUGCGCUCGCACCCCUCUCACCGCAGAAAUGACUGCUGUGCAUGCAGGCAACAUAAACUUCAAAUGGGACCCCAAAAGUCUGGAGAUAAGGACUCUGGCAGUUGAAAGACUUUUGGAGCCUCUUGUUACUCAGGUUACAACUUUGGUAACCACCAGUAACAAGGGACCCUCCAACAAGAAACGAGGUCGCUCUAAGAAGGCCCAUGUGUUGGCUGCAUCAGUUGAACAAGCAACUGAGAAUUUCUUGGAGAAGGGAGACAAAAUUGCCAAGGAGAGUCAGUUUCUCAAGGAGGAACUUGUGGCUGCUGUAGAUGAUGUUCGCAAACAAGGUGAUUUGAUGAAGAGUGCCUCUGGAGAAUUUGCAGAUGACCCCUGUUCUUCAGUGAAGCGUGGCAACAUGGUGCGAGCUGCCCGCUCCUUGCUCUCAGCUGUUACCCGGUUGCUUAUUUUGGCGGACAUGGCAGAUGUCUACAAAUUACUUGUUCAGCUGAAAGUUGUGGAAGAUGGUAUCUUGAAACUUAGAAAUGCAGGCACAGAGCAAGAUUUAGGCAUACAGUAUAAAGCCCUAAAACCUGAAGUGGAUAAGUUGAACAUUAUGGCAGCCAAAAGGCAACAGGAACUGAAAGACGUGGGCCAUCGGGAUCAGAUGGCUGCAGCCAGAGGAAUACUACAGAAAAACAUUCCAAUAUUGUAUACAGCUGCCCAGGCCUGCCUUCAGCACCCUGAUGUAGCUGCUUAUAAAGCUAACAGGGACUUGAUAUACAAACAGUUGCAACAAGCUGUUACUGGGAUCUCCAAUGCAGCCCAGGCCACAGCUUCUGAUGAUGCCUCCCAGCAGCAGGGUGGAGGAGGAGGAGAACUGGCGUAUGCACUCAAUAACUUUGAUAAACAAAUAAUCGUUGACCCUCUGAGCUUCAGUGAAGAGCGUUUCAGACCUUCUCUUGAGGAGCGCCUGGAGAGUAUCAUCAGUGGAGCAGCCCUGAUGGCGGAUUCAUCUUGUACUCGUGAUGAUCGGCGGGAACGUAUUGUUGCAGAGUGCAAUGCAGUUCGACAGGCCUUACAGGAUCUACUUUCUGAAUACAUGGGGAAUGCUGGACGUAAAGAAAGAAGUGAUGCCCUUAAUUCUGCAAUAGACAAAAUGACAAAAAAGACCAGGGAUUUACGAAGACAGCUCCGGAAAGCUGUCAUGGACCAUGUUUCAGAUUCAUUCUUGGAAACUAACGUGCCACUUUUGGUAUUGAUCGAGGCCGCAAAGAAUGGAAAUGAGAAAGAAGUUAAAGAGUAUGCUCAAGUUUUCCGUGAGCAUGCUAACAAACUAAUCGAGGUGGCUAACUUAGCCUGUUCUAUUUCAAACAAUGAAGAAGGUGUGAAGCUGGUUCGAAUGUCAGCAAGCCAAUUGGAAGCCCUCUGUCCUCAGGUUAUUAAUGCUGCAUUGGCUUUGGCUGCAAAACCACAAAGUAAACUGGCCCAGGAGAACAUGGAUCUUUUUAAAGAACAGUGGGAAAAGCAAGUCCGGGUUCUAACAGACGCUGUUGAUGACAUAACUUCCAUUGAUGAUUUCCUGGCUGUUUCAGAGAAUCACAUUUUGGAAGAUGUAAACAAGUGUGUAAUUGCUCUCCAAGAAAAAGAUGUUGAUGGCCUAGACCGCACUGCUGGUGCCAUUCGGGGUCGGGCAGCCAGAGUCAUUCAUGUUGUCACUUCAGAGAUGGAUAACUAUGAACCCGGAGUCUAUACUGAAAAGGUUCUUGAGGCCACCAGACUGCUUUCUAAUACAGUUAUGCCACGUUUUACUGAACAAGUGGAAGCUGCUGUGGAAGCUCUCAGUUCUGAUCCUGCCCAACCAAUGGAUGAAAAUGAAUUUAUUGAUGCCUCACGAUUGGUCUAUGAUGGCAUUCGGGACAUCAGAAAAGCUGUGUUGAUGAUAAGGACUCCUGAAGAGUUGGAUGAUUCUGACUUUGAGACUGAAGACUUUGAUGUUAGAAGUAGAACAAGUAUCCAGACUGAAGACGAUCAGCUUAUUGCUGGUCAGAGUGCUCGAGCUAUCAUGGCUCAGCUUCCCCAAGAACAGAAAGCUAAAAUUGCUGAGCAGGUGGCCAGCUUUCAGGAAGAGAAAAGCAAACUGGAUGCCGAGGUAUCCAAAUGGGACGAUAGUGGCAAUGACAUCAUUGUCCUGGCCAAACAGAUGUGCAUGAUCAUGAUGGAGAUGACAGAUUUCACCAGAGGCAAAGGACCACUUAAAAACACAUCAGAUGUAAUUAGUGCAGCGAAGAAAAUUGCUGAGGCAGGAUCAAGGAUGGAUAAGUUGGGAAGAACUAUCGCAGACCAUUGUCCAGACUCGGCCUGCAAACAGGACCUCCUUGCGUAUCUACAGCGCAUCGCUCUCUACUGCCAUCAGCUCAACAUCUGCAGUAAAGUCAAGGCAGAGGUUCAGAACCUGGGUGGGGAGCUUGUUGUCUCUGGGGUGGACAGUGCAAUGUCCCUGAUCCAGGCGGCCAAGAACCUGAUGAAUGCUGUGGUACAAACUGUGAAGGCUUCCUAUGUGGCCUCCACCAAGUACCAGAAAUCCCAGGGAAUGGCUUCUCUCAACCUCCCUGCUGUGUCCUGGAAGAUGAAGGCCCCAGAAAAGAAACCCUUGGUGAAGAGAGAGAAACAGGACGAAACCCAGACGAAAAUCAAGCGGGCAUCUCAGAAGAAGCAUGUGAAUCCCGUGCAGGCCCUCAGUGAGUUCAAGGCCAUGGACAGUAUCUAGAGCGGCUUUGGCCACUCACACCCUCUGCCACUGUCUUCUCUAAACUAACUUUCCUUCAAAUGGCUUCUGUGAAUCAUAGAUAUUUCCUGUUCAUUCAAAUGUAUUUACUUAAUAUAAUGUUGAUAUUAGAUGCUAUGAGAAUGUAGAUUUUUUUAAAAAACCUGACCAUGUGAUACCAGUAUGAGAACAAGCUUGUACUUCAGUGGAGAAUGCUUUUAGAUUCCAGAAGCAUUAUUUUAGUUGCAUUUUUUAAAAAAUAUAAGCUUGAAGAAAAACUAUAACCAAAGAGAUUGCUAACACUAUUAUAUCAUGAUGUGUCUGUCUCCCUGACUGAAGGUUUGCAUUGUGAUUGAGAGGUUUGUGUCAUCAGUGAACAAAAAGGUGGGGACUAUCACUUUUAGUAUUCAGGAGGAAAAUUGAUGAGAAAAUAUGCCACGUUAUACAACUUUCUAACUCAAAGCUUUUGAAUUUGGAAGAGAGCAAUUGGGUACUUUUCACUGUGGAGAAGGCUGUCUUCAAAGAAACCAUUUUGGGCAGAUAGAUAGAUAGGCUGUUAUUAAAUUAAAAAGUGACCGUGAGUGCCUAGGCCUGCCCAUUCGGACGUCUCGGAGAGCCCAGUGUUUACCAACGUUGGCAGUAACCCUUGUGUGAGGGAUUUCAUGUAUGUCUGCAAAAUGACAAUCUGUCUGUAAGAAAUUCAGUAAAACAUAAUGCAUCAUGAAGAAAACUGAUUACUCUCUUUAGGACACAGGAUGAGAAUUUUAAUGCUUGGUUACAAAUUACUAAUGUACUUUGCUGCAGGACAUUAAUAAAAUUGCUCUUUCCAGCC